CCGCUUGAAUGCGGAAGGGUGUGUUGAGUUGCUCUCGCCCACGAGGUGUGCACUUCAUCGCGUCGACAGCUGUUGCAGAAACGUUUCUGUGGGCAGGUUGACCUCCUGUGAGACGUGUUCCUGUGGAAUGCGUGAAUUAAGAAUCACUGCGACAUAAUUUUUCUGCUCGAAUUCUUCCCCCAGAGAGCCAUGUUGCCCCUUUCUUGUACGAGUUGACCAAGUCCAAAAUGCAUCACACUUAGUGCCACCCGUUGAAACCUUGAAAAACCAUGGCAGGCAGAAUCGGUCCUCAAGGGAAGCGCUCGCAGGUGCAUCCCGUCAUCCACAUCAGGGACUUAGCUGGACCUCAGAGCUCAGCCAAAGAAAACCAGGCAGUUGUGAAGAGUGCACCACUCGGAAAAGCUACAGAAGGGCCGCAGAUUGGGGGCGUCCGGCAGCCGCUUCAGGGCACGCAAUUGGCGAACAAGACAGUUGCGCCGUUGUUGGAAGUAUGCGUUGGCAACUUUGCUGAUGACAAGACUACGGGGGUCUCAGGAGAUUCCAAGGCUCAGCAUAGGAAGUCCUCAAACGGGGCGGUGGCUGAGGUGUCUGGAAAACCCCUGGUAGAUGAUCUGGACAAGUUGAAGGAACGUUCUGGUCCUAGCAAAGAAUCUGCAACAAGGGGGGGGCAGAAGCAAACGACUGUGUUGCAGAAAGGACUUCCACCCUUGCUGCCCACGCCCUUGUUGGAGGCUGUUGACAACUCAAGGAGCUGCCUUGCAGCUAGCCAUCAGGAAGCCACACCCCAAUUCUCAGAUGCAAAAGACCCCUCAGAGACAGCUGGCACACUAUCAACGGCAGGGAGUGCGAAUGCUAACGGGGAGAGAAAGGGGAGUGCCAAGAAAGCGGCAAGGCGGAAGGAGAGAGAGCCCUGGAGGGACCCAGGGCCCAAGGAUCUUGUGGAGCCGCAACGGGGCAGAAGCAAGUCAGAGGAGCUGAAAGCGCCAGCUGUUGCAGCUGAGCCAAAAGUGCAAAAUGAAGAAAGGAUCAAGGAAGGGCUGAACGAGGGGGUGUUUCUGGUGGCGGUGGUGGAUGCUCGGAAGGAGGACACGGAUGGGGGAGCUGGAGUGCCUAAGGUGACAACCGGAAAGAAAGCUGGCUCCAAGGGGCAGCGGCGAAGAGUUAGUGAAGGUCAGGGGGCUUCGACAGCGGGCCAGCAUUAUGUUGGUGGAAAUGAGGAGCUAAAAAGCAUCGCGAACCGGAAGGAGGGAGUGGUUGGAGUUCUUUUUGAUCCGAAAGCAGAGCAAGCCGGUUUGGAAACAAGCGGGUCAGAGACGAAAGAAAGUCAGAGGAACGGGCAAGAUGCAGUGGCGCCAGCUGUCAGGGCUGGUCAGAGUGGAGGAGAGUCAGCGGUGGUAGCGGAGGCGACUGCUGGAGGCGAACACGAGGCGGGGGGGCAGCAGGAGCAGCCUUCGGAUGAGGAAGGGUGGAUGAAGGUCAAGAAGAAGAAUAAGAGUUCGACCCGGAGACGGUCGGAACUGCCCCCCUGGAACAGCGUCUACCGCACGGAGGUCGAAAGCUACCAGACGCCGCUUGGGCGGCGAUGGAUCCAGAACCCCACCUUCAUAGACCGUCGACAAUCCCUGGAGACGACCAGCUUAGAAGCUAAACCCCCUGCACUUUCAAGCAAGCCAGUAGGAAAGAAGCCGAGCUCUACAGCCCCACCUGGGGUUGAAACCAAGCCCUCCGAUCCUUCCGAAUUAUCAGUGGGUGUUCCUUUGGCGUCAACUCUGGGGAAGACGGGAAGCGGUUUUCUGGCCCAGAAAGGAGCGGGGGCGCCCGCGAAUGGGGCACUCUUGCCCACGCCAACACUUUCGAAGCCAGUGUUGCGGGCCUCAGAUGUGCAAAAGAACAGACGGGAACCGCAGUCAGGGUCUGACGGAAGGACAGCGACGGGCGAUGCUGCAAAAGACGUGGCGACGGAAAGGGGAACGGUGCAGACAGCUGCAAGCCAAAGGGCGACAAGCGGGGUUGCGGAGGGGGAGAGGACAAAGACCGCAAAGUGCAUUGCAAGCAAAGCGGGGCAAUUGAGCGGUAGGGGCAAGGGUAAGAAAGGAGCGGCUCAGAUAGCACAAAGGGAAGCAGAAGUAGGAGCGGGUGUGGCCAACGGGACAGUCAAGGCAUCAGCUGUGCAGAGUGAUACGGAGAAGCAAGCGGGCCCCUCAAACAAGACCGGGCCGUUGCCAGCUGUCAAGGCUGCCGCCGCACCAGUAAAGGUGCCAGUUGUCACACCUGUGGCUGCGCCAGCUGUCGCACCUGCAGCCAAAUCGAAGUUGUCGGUGUCAGCACCACCAUUCAUCCCCAAGAGCCUGCAGGGUGGGAAGGGCCCGGCUGGGGUUGACACCGCCAAGGGGGCCGCGAAGCAGGCCAGGCAGCCUAUUGCAGCUAGUGUUGCUAACCCAAAUCAUAAGGCAGUGACGACGUUUGAGGACGGGGGAGUGCCUGCAAUGGGAGCGGGGGCAGGGGUGUCACGCACUGCUGCUGGCCCCCCUUCUCCGGAAAGAGUGGUGGUGACCCCUGUGAAGAAGCGGAAGCCUGGCGAGAAGACCCCUGGCAAACUGACAGCUGGCACGGCCGUUGUUGGUGUGACUAUUCCCAGUCCUGAUCUUGCUCCAAGGGGGAUCCCCCAGCAACCGUCCGCUGUAGCUCCCUCGGCGUCCCCCUCCAGAAUAACCAACACUAGCCCGCCGGCGUCAGAGAAGGGAAUGCAGAGUGCGAGCCUGCCUGAGGGUUCUGCAGGGCCCAAGACGGACAACAAACUGGUGGCCGAUCUAGUUGUGGGUACGAUCCGGGUGCCGCACGUGGAGUCGGUUCCCAAGGGGGUAGCUCCGAGCGGAGUCGCCUUGGUGGUCAAGGCGGGCCCCAGGGCAGCAAUUCCCGUGACCAGAGCUCCUGCCCCUAUCAAUGAAACGACUCCUAAGAAAGUAGCCCAAGCAGUUGCAGAACCGAGCAGGUCAGAGGCGGCGUCGGGAAAAGUGAAACAGAGCGGAGAGGCUUCUGAGAAGGCGUUGGUGGAUGCAAGGGAAGCGGAGAGAGUUGCGGAGGCCAAGCUUGGAGCGGGUGGGGCUUCCGAGCAGAGCGGAACGGAAAAAGCGGAACCGGUAGCAGGGCCUCUGGGGGUCAAAGCAGCAGAGUCUGCCGUGCGAGACGCCGUUAACAAAAGCCCCACACCAGUAACGGACGUCACGGUUAUGAGGCCAACCGAAGGGAACGAAGAGAACGUGCCGAAUCAGACAAAACCUGCGCCGGGAGAGCCGCUGUCGGAUCCCACCCCCAGCCCCGAGGUUUUGGCGACCGCGUCUGGCAAGGGCGGCCGCAAGAGCAAGCCCCGCAGGCUGUCGCUGGUCGCCCGACAACAGCCCCCCAAGAACGAGCAGCCGAAGUCCGCGCCCAAAACUGCAGUGGAAGAAACGAAAGCGGCGCCAACAAAGGGGGAGAACGAGGUUGGUGGGGGCGAGACUGUUACAAAGAGCGACUCGGCGGAAGCUUCUGCGGAAGCGGGCAAGGGCGUGGUUGCCCCUGGAGGUUCCCUAGCUGCCGAGGAGAGCGUGAGAAGUGCGGACGUCCCUGCUGUAAAUGAGGAAAAGGGUUCUGAGCCGAGAGGGAAGAAAGGAAAUCCGAAGCCUGGGGACGGUUCCGCUGGAGCUGAGUCAACCGAUAAGGCUGCCCGAGAAAGCGCCCAACAAAAGGAGGACGUGGCGGGGGCUGGUGGCCAAGAAGCCGCCACUGCUGAGGCAAGACCUGACACACGAGAUACCCCUUCUGUGACGUCACAGGUUGAGAAGCGCGAGGGGUCGGAGAGUGCGUCAAAUAUCGCUGAGCUGGCGACGUCGCUGUCUCAGGAAGAUUCGACGAGCAAAGUGGGGGCUGGGCAGGAUUCGGGGGGCGGAACGAGCACGGGCAACGAGGCGGGGGGUGAAGGGUCGGGUGGGGACGAGAGCAGGGGUGCCGGCACGGGGCCGAGCCAGGGGGGGGGACCGGAAAGCGGCGGAGGAGGGGGGGGGGAUGAGGGCGAGAAGAAAGACGGGGCUGACGCGAGUGGUAAAGACGAAGGCGGUGUGACGAAGAAGAAGGACUCUCCUGGGGGCGAAGAGGGGAAGCUCGUUGGGGGCGGACCUGAGAAGAACGUGGGUGACGUCAGCACCCAGAGUGCUGCUGACGCCGGCGCCGAGAGCUCUGCUGACGUCAGCGCCGGGGGGUCGCUGGAGGAGGGGGCCAAGUCAGCGGAGCAGAGAGUUUCUCCGGAGGAGGAGGACGCGGCAGCGAAGAUGUUAGGUACGGAGGCGUUGGGCGGCGAGAACGCGGAUCGGGGCGUAUUCAAGGAAAGGCUGUGGUCGUAUCUUUUCGACAAUCUCGGCCGUUCGAUCGACGAGCUCUACUUUUUGUGCGAGCUCGAAUGCGACGAAGCGCACAUGCGCGAGGCGAUGCAAGUACUGGGCGAGGCGGGGGACGACUUCCGAGAGCUGAAGGCCCGGGUGGAAAAGCAGGACCGAUUCGAGCGCGAGCGCAGGGCCACGCGGGGGCUGCCGGUUGUGCACCGAAGGAACCGGGCGAUUGCCUGGGAGGUCCGUCGUACAACCAGCACAACUGAGCGCGCCGAGCUCCUCGCCGCGUCGCUGGACGCGCUCCGUUUCCUGCGGACGUCCACCGUUUCCCAGCCCCCCGGAAGAAAACCCUCGCUUCCCAGAACACCCCCGUCAUUGUUAGCGAAAACCCGGUCGACGUCCCAGGCGGAAAGUCGCCGGUUGGCAGCCUUGGCUGGGGACGGGGAAGCGACCGGUAGGUCGACCACGGGGGACGCAGAAGCUACCGGUAGGUCGAGCUCGGCGCCCGGAAAGUUCUCCCCCGUGAAGUCCAGGGAGAAGCGGGACGUGGGCGCUGGGGCAAAAUCGGAUGUGGGCAAGAGAGAGCCGGGGGCGAAAGGAGGGGAAGGCGUCGAGAGUGCAACGGCGGCAAAAGCGAGUGAUGCUAAGCAGGCUGCGCCGGAGGUUACCCGUGUUGAGACUUCCGGUUCUAUUAACCAGAAGGACCUAAGGAAGGAGCUUUUCGAGGGGAAAGAGAGAGCAGCCAACAAGAAGGUCGCAACUCAAAAGAAGGCCCCAGCCGACAAGAAAGAGCUGGCGGAAGAAAAGAGCGGGAAGGCGAUCGAGAGCGAUCGCGUCAGCGACGCGGGGAGCGACCGCGCGAGCGUGCACAGCCUGAGCCGCUUCAGUGACGUCGGCUCCGACCCCAUGACGUCAGCCGGUGACGUCAGCGGGCGCUUCGGCGUGGCGGCGUCGCUCUCGCGCGUGGCCGCGUGGCGGGAGAAGCGCAACUGGGUGGACCACCUCGCCCUAGUUUCCUCGCCCCGACGGGCGGACGGGAAGCGGGCGGAAUCCGGCCGGAAGCCGGACGGAAAGGCGGCGAAGCGGACGGAUUUGCAUGGCGAAGCCGAGCCGGGAUUUAGGAACGGUUCCCGGAACAGGGGGGUCGGUUCCGCGGAAAACGAAGGGUUGUCCGAGGAGGGUGUCGGGACGAAGGAGCGGGUUCCGGGUGUUGUUCCGCUGCCUCCAGCGGAUCUGAGGGCCGGCAGCGCGGAACGAGCGAAGAUGCUCCACGACAAGCUGAUGUCACCGGAGCGGCGCAAAAAGACGCCGUCAGAGACACGGGAGAAGGUCGACGAGAAACAGGCACGCGCAGCCCAGGUGCGGAUCGACCUGGAGUCCGAGCGGAGGGCCAAGAUGCAAAGAAGCGCGGAGCGGGCCAGCAAGGUUACGGAAUGGCAGGAGAUCCGCCGCUCGAAGCUGUCCAAGAGCAUGGAGGUGCGUCACCAGCAGAGCGAGUCCCGGUAUGAGGCCCACUUGGCGCAGAUCGUCAAGCGGGCCGGGGACGAGGCGACCAAGGUGAAUGAGAUCCAGUUCAUCAAUACGAUGACGGCGGAAAACAAGAAGCUGUCGACGCAGCAGAAGAUGCAGGACAGCGAGGCGCGCCGCCAGGAGCUGCUACGAGCGCAGGUCAAGAAACGGGAGGAAGAAGCGGCCAAGGAGGAGGCAGCCCAGGAACGGCGGAAGCAGAAGGAAGAGGAGCGGCAGCGGAAGCUCUCCGAAGCACAGAGGAAGAAAGAGGAGGCUGCCGCGCGCCAGGAGGAGGAGAAGCGAAAGCUGAUGCAGGAGCGCAAGGACCGGGCGCUGCAACAGGCACAGCGAAUGGAAGAGCAGAAGCGCGCACAGCAGGAGCAAGCGGAGCUCCUGGGGCAGCGCCUCGCUGAGCGCCUCCGAGAGAGCUCCGCCCGGCGCCUUCUCUACCUGGAACAGAUCAAAGAACGGGCCGCCGUCGAUCCGGAACGUCUCAGGCUCGGUCCGGACUCGCCGUACGGGCGUCUCAGCCCUAAUCGCCUGUCGCCAUCACGGAACUCUCCGCUUCGUCGGCCGUCAAGCCGGGACGGUUUCCGUUCCGGUCCGAGGGUGAGCGGAACGGAACGCACCGGCGGAACGGAGCGGAAUGACGCGGCAAAGCGCGUUGCUGAGCCGGCUGACGUCGGAAAGGCGGAUACGGCGGCUCAGGAGAGCGACAAAGCCGCAGAAGUCGCCCCCCCGGUUGCGAGAGAAGCUGCUCCACCGGCGGCUCUAGAGGUUCCGAGCACUACGGAGAAGCCUGCGAAACCUCUAGAGAAGCCCACGAUCGUCAUCCCCGCGGACCGGACCAGCGCGCCGGCCUCGAGCGCGCCGAACGACACGUCAGCAGCGAGAGAGGCGCUGAAGAAACGGCUGAAGCGAAUCCGGCAGCGGUUGGUUCAGAAGAAGCAUGAGUGGGUGGAGGGAGACUCGGGGCCGGAAAAAGCGGGCGGGUCGGCAGUGGGCAAAUCACGGGCCGCGAAGUGGCUGCUCGACAUGCAGCGGCAGCAGGCGAAGGGCGGGAACGGCGUGGCGCUGGAGAGCGCGGCGGGGGAGCUCGUCAAGUUCUUCGAAGGUAGACCUGAGGAGCUUAACGCCGCACGCCGCGUGGGCCUGGUCGACUUCGCUGCCAGCGCGUUAGUGUCAACGACGCCAAUCCCGCCGCCCCGGGCCGUUGCGGCGUUGCUGCGAGUCCUCCGGGUCUUGCUGACGUGGCCGGGCAACAGGAGCUACUUCAUCGCCCGCAACUUCCUACCGCCCCUCCUCCCGAUCCUCACCGCCAGCCUGUCCCGCUUCAGUGGGGCCGUCGCGCCUGGCGAAAGCAACCCCCCGAAAGCGAGCACACCAGGGCUGGAUAAGGGGGAAGGCAAAAACGCAGUCGUCGAAAAAGAGGGUCUUGAUGCGGCGAUCCUAGAGGGAGUGCUCGCGGUUGCUGCGCUCGUGGUGAAGCAUAAUUGCGGGGGAGACGAGAAGGUGUCGGCAAUGCAAGAGGACUUGGUGGAGCUCAUCGUGGUUAGCGAGGUCCCCCAGAAACUGCGCGACCUGUUCUCCAUCUUCGACUGCCCCCCCGCCGACGGUCAACUGGGCCCUCUACCGGGCGCCUAUGUGGCGAGUCUACUGCUGCUGGAAGGUCUGACGAGCGCUCGGGGAAAGCUGGCCGGAGCAAGCGAACUGCCGGUGCACCAGCCAAAAGCGGAGCUGGCCAAUAGUCGGGCGACCAAAGCGGUGCUGGACGCGGUGGUCGAGACGGGUCUGGUGGGUCUUCCGAGCCUUCUGACCGCCGUCCUUCUUCGGGCGGCGCCGCCGAAGACCACCCCCGAGCAGGCGGCCGCCAUACUCCCAGCCAACUUCGAAGAAGUCGCCACUCUAGUUCUCCGCGUGCUCAACAACCUCGCCAGGCUGGACCUGAAGCUGUUCCAAGCGCAGCUGGAAUCGUCAGACCUAAAGGUGGAGUUCUUCCACCUCGUCACGUUCCUGCUGUCCCACUGCACCUGCAAGUGGAAGCAGCCUUCGGACAAGGUGGCGGGGCUUCUCCACGAGACGCUGCUGCUGGUUGGCUACUUUGCGCUCCUGCAUCCAAGCAACCAGGCGGUGCUGCGGUGGGGGAAAAGUCCGACCAUCCUCCAAAAGUUGUGCGAGCUGCCGUUCCCCUACUUCAGCGAUGCGGCCCUCCAGCCGCUCCUCUUCGGGACGCUCCUCUCCGCUUGUUACGGCAGCGACCGGAACCGUGACGUAGUCGAACGCGAGUUGAGCGCCGACAUGCUCCUCAGUUUUCUGCAAACCUCCGCUUCAGAGCUUCCGGAAGCACUGCGCGGGGCGGCCGCGGCUGAGAUGGAGAAAGGUGGGGGAAAAGGGAGAGGCUUGCUACCUGAAGAACUGAGCGUUGAGAGUGUAGUUGGGGAAGGCAAAAUCGGUGAAACCUUGGGAGUUGGUUCCACGAAGCGGGCCGAUGUGAAAGGGGCGGGAGCGUCGGUUUCACGUGUUGACGGCACUGCUUUCAGGACGGAAGGGGAGCGGAAUCCCGCAGCGAAACCCGAGAUGGGCGGUGCUGCAGAAGCAGGGACGGCGGAAACGGAGAGAGCGGAAAGUGCCAACGAGGAAGGGGCUGCUGAAAUUGACAGAGGGGCUGUUGACACGCCGCCAGGCGGUACAGGGAUUGUUCAGCGUCUUCGCAGUGCUGACGUGGGCAGAACGGAAACGGGCAUACUCGAGAGCGCUGCAAGCUCUAGUGACGGCGCUUCGUCCAGAGCAAACAAUGUCUCUGCCGCGGGUCAGAAAACGGACUCAGGGAGCGGCAAGGGCGCUGCGAAGACCGGCACUGAGCCUUCAAAACUAGGAGCGGACGAAAAGUCCGCUGCUCGACUUCGAGACUCCAAGCGGGAGUCUCGGAGUCGGCCUGGCAGUGCUGGAGCUAAGGGACCUAAGGAUAGGGGUGAAAAUAAGCUAGAUAACAGAGUUUUGAGUGCGGGAAACGCGAAGAGAGCGGAACCCCCAGCGGCGAAGAAAGCGAGCCAAGAGGUGGCUGCGCCCUUCCGGCUGCAGAAUCGGUUCCCCGUUUCGAUGUGGACUGCGGCUGAGGAGUACUUUGCAAAGCCGCCUGGGAAACACUAGGACUGUAACAGACUACAACUAUCAUUUGGCAGAUCUACUAAGGCCGUCUUGCUUCGGGGACAAGGUUGAUGUAUUUUAAUGAAGGGAGGUACUCAGAAAGCACGUAUCCACAGAAUGGCUCUUGAGUUAUGCUUGUGAUAAGUUGCCCUUGACGAUAGAACAGUGACAGCCAGACCCUCGUUCUGGGAAAAAUGUGGCUGCUUCACUAUUACUAACCGUCUUUGCUUCUAAGGAAACGGAUUGGGAGGACAUUGCUUCAUCUGUAACUUAAGCAGGCUGG